AUGAGGACAUCAGCCGAGAGCGUUACUAUUAUUACCGGCAACCCCUGGCAUUUCGUGGUUCACUCUACUAACCGCGACUUGCAAAUGGGCAACCAGCAAUUGACAACCAACUUGACAACACCACACAACAUAGCCACCACCGCCGGUACAAUGGCCACCGAAACCGCCGCCCGCAAGUUCUUUACGUCACCGUUCUUUGCCGUUGUCGGCGCCAGCUCGAAUCCCGCCAAGUUCGUCCAUGCUUGGUACUUGGAGCAUGGUUUGAACGUCACACCAGUCAAUCCGGGCUCUUCUUCCGUGUCUGUGGGCGGUCAAGAGUACGCCACGGUCCCAGACUUGUCUGGGUUGCCAAGUCCUAAGCAGACCUCGGUAUCCAUCAUCACUGCACCUCCUGUCACUGUCAAGGUGCUUGAGGAAGCCAAGAAGAUUGGCAUUCCAGUCAUCUGGCUGCAGCCGGGCACCUUUGACGAUGCAGUUCUGAAGCUGGCCCUGGAGCAGGGUGCCUUUGAGUCUGUGGUAUAUGGUGAUGGUGGGCGGGGGCAUGAUGGUUGGUGCGUUCUUGUCGAUGGUGAAAGAGCAAUGAAGGAGGCUGGUAAGCUAUGA